AUGAGCAGCAUCCUCGUUAAAUUUGCCAAUAAACUUAGGCCAUGCCAGUCAACUGAGGUGUUACAGGUGGAUUCCAGUGCAGAUAGACUCUUUCUUACUUCUCUUCUUAACACAAUUCUGCACACAAACAGCCAAUACUUUUUGUUCUACAAAAACGAAAGAAUACUCGAAAAUCUGAUAAGCAUAAUAGAGAAAUGUAAUUUGUGCACCGAAGACGUGCUAGACAUCGACUAUAUUGAUGAAAAGGACAUCGGUGCAGAUUCAUCAAUGCAUUGCAGCGACGUUGUCCGCUCUUUUGCGUUGUUCCAAGACAAGCUGUUUUAUCUCACAUAUGAAGGAAAAAUUUUCGAAGUUGACCAAGACCAGUUAGUCACUAAAAAUGAAAUAUACAUGAAGAAUAAUAGCAGGACUGUGGGAAUAUUUGUGGGAAGGGAGUUGUAUGGCUACGCUUCUGAUAGCAUAUUUAAAGUUGAUGGUGGGGGAUUUUUAGAAGUCCCGGAUGAGAUAAGAUGCUGCAGUGCCUACAAAAAGCAUAUUGCUGUUGGAUGUGCAAAUUCAAUAUAUUUAGUGAAUGCCGACCUCAAUACAAUUGAAAAGAUUGCUGGAAAGCCAGCUUUAGGGGCUUCUGUUAGAAGUAUACAAAUGAACAGCGAUAUAGUUGCAUGGAUACAGGGUCAUGGUUCUAUUUGUAUCUAUGAGAGAUCGACCAAAUCAAUUAAAGUGCAUAAAACGCCAGGAGGAUUAACUGCCUUAAAAAUACACGAUGGUAACUUGGUGGCACUCAGCUCAUGCCAUUUAAUUAUAAAAAUAAGUCUAGAAAGUGGAAAGAUAGACGAGUAUAUCAAUACUUUCAGAUAUUCAAAUGCUCUUGAGUUGAAAGGAAAUGCAGUAAUUCAUGCUUCUCAGAAAUACGUAGCUGUUGAGAGGAUUAAUAAUGGUGUUUGCAACGGAACAAGCGACAUUAUUUUGGCAGUUCAUGGACAGAUCAAUAGCAUUAUUCUUAUUGGAUCGUCUUUGUAUGUAGCACAUGAUAAUGCCAUCUCGAGAGUUUCACUUGAAAGGAAGACAACGAACAGUGAUGCCACAAGCUAG